GAAGCAAUAAUGUCUGUCUUGGAUCACAAAAACAUUGACAAAGAUGUUCCAUACUUCAAGUCCAAUGUCAGCACCAUGGAAAAUAUUGCAGUGUUUAUUUGGGAUAAUAUGAAAAAGAAUCUGGGCAAUCUUCUAUACGAAAUCAAGCUCCAUGAAACGGACAAAAACGUGACCUGGUACCGUGGAGAGAAGUCAGUGGUGGGAAAGUGAAUUUCAACUUGUUGUUCUUGUAUCAUAGAUUUUGUUUCAUGUACAGAACAUUUUGCCAAUAAGAGCAUUGUUGUCCUAGUCCAAACAUGUUGCUGUGAAUCGAGAUUCUUAUUUACAUGUGAGAUUUUCAUUAAUGAAAUUGUGAUUUAUCCUUUAUUUACAACAUUCCAUGGUGAAAAAAAAUUAUUCUCAUUUUGAGUACUGUAUUUGCUCAUGUUGGUACUUAAAAGUACUAAACCACUACCACUGAGUUCAUCAACUUGUGAAUGGUUGGGAAUGUGAUUAUUAAAAUAAUUUCAUUAGUUGGAGCCAAAUAAUCUCCUAUUUAAAACCAGUGUACAAAAUUUUUUUGUCGUUGUUGUCCGUCCAGCAGCCUGUGAGAGUUUGCUGUGUGGCCCAGUGCCAGCCAUGUUGUUGAAGGCAGGAGUUUUGAUAGUACUGGAUGGCCAUUGGCGGGUUGUAUUGGGCCGGGUCGGGUUGAUUAAUAGCAGCUUUAGUGCAUGCUACAAAUAGACCCCUCCCUUUUUGUGUCAAAAUUGACCCAGAAGUUAAAGAAGAGAAAACUUUGACCACUCACAACAGACAUUUCCAUAAGUAAUGACUUUAAAUGCUGACUGCGACACAUCAUGGUUGCUGUGUUGAAAGGUUCUUGAAUCCCACAGACAUUGGAAAUGUCAAUAGCUUUCUAGUUUUAUCAGUCUCAGUCCUUCCAAAUCUACACUGUUCAUUACUGUAUUCCGUGCGCAAAAAAA